AUGGAGAAAAGAAACUACUACUCAAUUUUGAUUAUUUUUGUAUCACUCCUCUAUUUGCCAUUAUUCUUGAAUGCAACAUUGGUCCAUCAUAAUGAAAGUGAAAUUGAGGAUGAGGUGAAGUUUGAUUAUAGUGAAAGGAGUAAGAAAGGACCAAGUAAAUGGGGAGAUCUAAAUAAAGAAUGGGAAACUUGCAAGGAUGGGAAAAUGCAAUCUCCAAUUGAUAUUUCAAGUUGUAGAGUCAAAAAUAUGAGAAAAUUGGGUCACAUGAAACAUUACAAGCCUACUAAUUCUACUAUAAGAAAUCGAGGACAUGAUAUUUCAUUGCAUUGGCAUGGGGAUGCUGGAUCAAUUUUGAUGAAUGACACAAACUACCCUCUUAUACAAAUUCACUGGCAUUCACCAUCUGAACAUACUAUUAAUGGUAGAAGGUAUGCCUUGGAAUUGCAUAUGGUUCACCAGGAGCAGGUGAAUAAAAAGAUAGUUGUAAAUGCUGUCCUUUACAAAUUUGGCAAACCAGAUCCAUUUAUUUUUAUAUUGAGGGGACAUAUAUUAUCCAUGAUAGAUCAAGAAGGUGAAGAGAGGAGUUUGGGCAUGAUUAAUCCAAAGUAUAUUACUAAUAAUAUUUAUAGAGAAAGUUACUAUGAGUACAAGGGUUCACUCACUAUUCCUCCUUGCACAGAAGGUGUUACUUGGCUAGUCAACAAGAAGGUAGAAACUGUUUCAAGAUUUCAAGUGAAUUUGCUUAGAAAAGCUGUACAUGAUCAUGCUGAAAGAAAUGCAAGGCCAGUGCAACCACAUAACAAGAGAAAAAUUCAACUUUUAUUCUCCAAGCACUAGAGCAUGUCAGUGUCCACUACCUGCUUUGAGAUCCGACUAGUUC